CACACUCCGAUCGCCCAUCCGCCGUCGCCGCCGCCGCCGCCGUCGUCGUCGAUUCGUCAGCAGCGGCAGCCAGAGCGCCCCAGACCGGCCAUGGCGACGGCGAGGGUCAUCCCGGCCGCGGCGACCAGUGCCGCCACCUCCUGCCUGCUCGCCAGGACGCCGUUCUCGCUCAACCGGAGGGCCGCGAGCGCCGGCGGGCUGUGCUUCUUCAGGAGGGCCGCGCCGCCGCCGUCGCCGCCUCCGCCGUUGUCGUCGUCCACCAGGAGGCUGUUCGCUUGCCGCGCUAUCUACAAGCCUCAGGUCCAGGUCAAAGAGGAGGGCAAGCCCGAGACGCUCGACUACCGGGUCUUCCUCGUCGACAACUCCGGCAAGAGGAUAUCCCCCUGGCAUGAUAUACCAUUGCAACUGGGCGAUGGUGUUUUCAACUUUGUAGUUGAAAUACCCAAGGAGUCCAGUGCAAAGAUGGAAGUUGCCACUGACGAGCCGUUCACUCCCAUCAAGCAGGAUACUAAGAAGGGAAAUCUUCGAUAUUAUCCCUAUAAUAUCCACUGGAAUUAUGGAUUGCUUCCACAAACAUGGGAAGACCCAUCUUUUGCUAACUCUGAAGUUGAUGGGGCAUUUGGUGAUAAUGAUCCAGUUGAUGUUGUUGAGAUUAGUGAAAGUCGGAGACAGAUUGGUGAGAUUCUGAAGGUCAAGCCCUUGGCUGCACUAGCUAUGAUUGACGAGGGGGAACUUGACUGGAAGAUAAUAGCAAUUUCACUGGAUGAUCCUAAAGCUUCCCUUGUAAAUGAUAUAGACGAUGUUGAGAAGCAUUUUCCGGGUACACUAACUGCAAUCAGGGACUGGUUUCGUGACUACAAGAUUCCUGAUGGCAAACCAGCCAAUAAGUUUGGUCUUGGAAACAAGCCAGCUGACAAGGCUUAUGCUCUGAAGGUGAUCACGGAGACAAAUGAAUCUUGGACCAAACUUGUGAAGAGAUCAAUUCCUUCUGGCGAACUAUCCCUUGUGUAAUGUUGAUCAUUGAAUCCAUGCAUGCACACUUGGACGUAACGAUUUUUACCAUUAUAGAGCUGGAAAUGAUCUCCGUGACUUGAUUUGCCGGUAUUGUGUACUCUAAUAGAGUAAACAAGUCCUGGAUGUUUAGGUGACGUUUACCAUUGUGUAUCUUAGGCAUCAUUAUUGUUUUGCUAACAUUUGUGUCUGAUUAUUUAUCUUAUGAAAAAUAAAAAAAAGUUUCGCUUCGUAUCAUA